AAUGAAUUAAAUGAUACAAAAAAAAGAUUAGAAUCUUUAAUCACUUCAAUCACUUUAAAUCCAACAAAUUCAAUAACUAAUAAUGGAAGAUAUGAUGAAUUGGAAAUUUCUCACAAGAUUAUUUUAAAAUUAGAUUUAUUAAAACAAGCAAAUGAAGAAAUGUUGAAACAAUUAAGUUUUGGUAAAAGUAAACAAGUUGAUAUUGAAUUAAAUUUAUUAAAAAUGGAAAAUGCUAAAUUAAAAGAAAAGUUGAAAAAAAUAUGA